CCAACGCCGUUGCCGGAAGUUGCCGACAAGUGUUUCCAGGGGCUUGCUGGGGCGAGAGUUCCUCGAGUUUGGCGGCUGCGCUUCCCUUCCUCGGGGCGCGGAAGGGAGAUUUCUCAUAAGGUUGUAGUGUGACCAAGGGAGAAGCAGAAAUGCAGAUAGAUCAAGACCUGGCAAAGCGGCUCUUUUUUGAGGGCGCUACAGUCAUCAUUUUGAAUGUGCCAGAAGGAACAGAGUUUGGCAUUGACUACAACACUUGGCAAGUGGGCCCCAAGUUCCGUGGAGUCAAGAUGAUACCCCCUGGAAUUCAUUUCCUUCACUACAGCUCUGUUGAUAAGAACAAUCGCAAAGAGAGUGGCCCUCGCACCGGCUUCUUCAUGAACUUGCAGCCGCGGGAUCUGCGAGUGCUACACUGGGACCCCGUCAGGGAAGAAGUAGACCUUACCCCAGCUUCUGAAAAUGAGACUGAAGCAAUGAGGACUAACCUCCAGGAGAUGGACCAAUUUCUGGGUCCUUACCCAUAUGACACUCUUAAAAAAUGGAUUUCCCUCACUAAUUUCAUUAAUGAAUUUGUGAUGCAAAAACUACAGCCAGAAAGUGGACAGAUAUGUGCCUUUUCAGAAGUGCUUCCUAUUUUGCCUGGGAGGUUUACUAAAGAUCGAGUUGAACAGAACCUGCCCCGGUAUGACACAGAGUGCAAAAGCUAUGCAGAGGGGUUGGCCCGGCUGCCCAAAAUGCAGCUGAAAGCUGGCACUGAGAUCAGGUUUACAGAAAUACCUAAGCAAAUGUACCCUGAAGGUGCUACCCCUGAAGAAGUUACUAGGCAUAGCAUGGACCUUAGCUAUGCCCUGGAGACGGUGAUCAGUAAACAGUAUGCCAGCAAUUCCCAGGAUGUGCUUGGGGAACUGCAGUUUGCCUUCAUCUGCUUCUUGAUUGGGAAUGUAUAUGAUGCCUUUGAGCACUGGAAGAAACUCCUGAAUCUCUUAUGCAGGUCAGAGGAUGCCAUAGUGAAGCAUCAGGCCCUGUUCGUUAACCUCAUUUCGGUCCUGUACCAUCAGCUCAGUGAAAUCCCAGCAGACUUCUUUGUGGACAUUGUUUCCCAGGACAACUUUUUAACCAACACCUUGCAGGUCUUCUUCUCCUAUACCUGCAGCCCAACUGUUGACAGGACUCUGAGAAAGAAGGCAGAGAGGUUUAAGGUCCACCUAACCAAGAAGUUCAAGUGGGACUUUGAGGCUGAGCCAGAAGACGAUGCCCCCGUGGUAGUUGAGCUUCCAGAAGGGGCACUUGUGGACUGAAUGGCAAUUUCCCUUUUCCUGUUUUGUUUUUAAAGCAGUAUUUUGAACUGUUGUACCAUACUUGAUUCUGUGUUCUACACUUCUAUUUUCUCCUCCCUUCACGGAGGCAGAACUGUGAAAUCCAGAAAGUCUACCAACUUCCUUCCUGCUAGAAAUAAAAAUUCUGGGAGAUACAGACUAGAUUACGUCUAGAUUCUUUGCCGGAUUGAAUCAUUUUGAGCUUCAACGCUUGCUGUGACUCAGUUCUUUUGUCACUAACUAUCUCGUACUCUUACCUGGAAGUAAGCUCCAUUGAAUACAAUGGAGUGUACUUCUUUCUUAACAUGCGCAGGAUUGCACUGUUUGAUUGUUGAUGAACACACUUUUCCUUUGUUGAAGAACCACAUGUGACAUAGUGGUAUUGAACUCUUGACUUGUUUAUUCUUUAGUUCCAUGCUGCUUUAGUUCCAUAACUGGUAAGCCAGAUGGCCGUGUUCAGGAGACUUUGUGCAUCAUCUUCUAAUACAUGCCAGAACUGAACAAUGCUGUGUAGAGAUAUUUCAUAAACACUUCAAAUGGAGUUAGCCUACACAACUUGGGUUGUCAUUCAUUGUAAAUUUCCAAGCUUUUGCUUUUACUGUGGCGUUACUAGAAUUAUUCCUAUCGUUUUUCUUCAUUCCAUCACUUUUAUACUCUGUCCCUACCUUUCUUUAGCCUGGCGGAGGAUUUCCUUACCACUUUUCAGAGCAAUAGAAGUGUCCAGGGGGAGCAAAUGUGAAAUGAAAGAGAAAUUUCAUAUUUAAUCAAUGGCACUUUCCUGUCUGAGCCUUUACUAAAAAGCUCCAUGGAAUGUUCUUAUUUCUUUUUACUUAUGUCCUCUCUCGGGACAGACAAGCACUUCCUGUUGUGACUUCAGAGCAAUGAAAAUGCUAUAAAGCAGCCUGCAGCAGGCAUGCUGCCUGUUAUCUUUUAAUGCUUUCUCUGAGGUGCAGGGAUGUUGGUACAUUUUUCAAAUAAGAAUCCCUACUGUGUCAGGUUCCGUCAAGAGUUGGUGUGUGUAUCUGACAAGAUAACCUGUGUGUUAGCGUUCAGCACACAAUAAAUGUCCCUGCGUUAGGUAUUUCUACAAAAUGUCCCUAAAGUCUUCUCUGUGUGAAAUAUUUUAGCAAAGGUGUGUUCUGGGUGGUUGCUGACAUGGCUGCGAUGGCGAUGAAAUGUUCUUUAUCUUGCCUGCCACCUUGUCUGUUUCAUACCCAAGUGUAGCUAGUUUUCAAGUGCUAUGCUUUAGUAUUAAUAUAAGUUAACAUUCAUGGUCUGCAAAGCCCUGAGUUUCUGUUCCUUCAUAUGUAUAAGAGUAGUCACAGCAAUCGGAUAUAAGGCGGCAAGUCUAACUUAAUCCAGGAUGACUCACCUCUAUAAUUACACAUAACAGCCUUGUUCAGAUGUAAACCUGAGGCUUUUAAGCCAUAAUUUCUCAUUAAAUACCCAUGACUGCUCACCUACUUUCCUGCAUGGCUGGGCGGAAAAGCUUUACCUAACUCCACCACUGUUGGGUGGCUUUUGUCAUCUCAGGUGGCAUGUAACACCCCAACUAUAAUUUGUUUUUGUGUUUGACCCAGGGCAAACUCACUAGCAGUAACUACGGUUUGUGUGAACAAGUCAACUUCAAACCACAGUUUAAAAUCCUGGCUUGUUUGGAUAAACCAUAGUUAAGGCACAUGUCACAGUUCCGCCAUGGUGACAAAAUGUGCUUAGCAGAAAGUAGGACUAAAUGCUUCCAUUUUGGACUCUGGGAUUGAUGGUUAUAUGAGGGGGUCCUCUGACUCACUCAACUGAGUGGGCCCAUGUGCUAGCAUUCUGAUCUGAUGGCACCACUGCCACCAAGAUACGGCAAAGGCUUGGCUGCAUGCAUGCAUGUAUGCAGAGUGUCUGUUUGCAUGCUCUUGCUGCACACCUUCAGUUUGCCCCUUCAGUGGCUCAGCAGUUCCUGCUUGUGUAGUAUUUCCAGUCCUAAUCCUUGCAGGCACUGAACAACCAAGAAGUCAGAAGGAGGAUCCAGCCAUUCCCUGUGUCCUCCAGCCAGUGAGCAGGGGCUUGACAAAGUAAAACGCUAAGCCUUAAGACCUGCAAUCACUAUGAAAAAGGGUUUUUCCCAUAGUGUGUGAUCACAGUUGGGACUUCUUGUAGAAAAAUUAUUCUGAGACCCCUUGACUUAAAAAAAAAAAA